AUGUUCGCAAAAAGAACGGCAUACAUCCAACACCUCAGAAGGCACCAAGAGAGGACUAUUCUGUGCGAUCUUUGCGGCUUGUUUUCUCAAUCACGCUGUGCACUGGAGCGCCACAUCGCCGCUCGUCAUGAAAAUAAACGCCCUUUUCAGUGCAACAUGUGCAGCUAUAAAGGAAACACGAAAGCAGCCCUUAACUGUCACAUCAUUGCCAUGCAUACGAAAAAUUACCCUUUCAAAUGUGACACAUGCGACAAAGGAUUUCUUUCGAGAUCAACUUUGAUGACUCACAAGGAAUCUGAUCAUGAAGGUCUUCAUUUCGUAUGUCACAUCUGCAAGAAAAUUUUCAAGAAUAAGCAACAUUUUGGCGUGCAUGUGAAGAAACAUUCAGUUGAACCCAAGGACCAACAUACUUGCGAGCUUUGUUCGAAGAAAUUUGAUCUUGAAGUGGAUUUACAGAGACAUGUGAGAAGACAUGUAAAACUAGAUGAGUCGCACGUUUGUGAUAUUUGUGGGAAAAUUUAUGCUAGUUCUGCUAAACUCUCGUCUCACAAGAAGAUACACGGAAGCAAAGGGUAUAUUUGUGAUAAGUGUGGAAAAGCGUUUAGUAAAGGUGGACUGUUAAGUCUCCAUCUUCGAAUCCAUACUCAGGAAAAACCAUACAAGUGCUCGGUGUGUGGAAAGUGUUUUGCGGGGCGACCUAGUAUUAGAAUCCACGAAAGAAUUCAUACCGGACAGAGACCUUAUCCUUGCGAGAUUUGUACGAAAAGGUUUAUUUCUAGGACUGCGUUAAAAAGUCAUUCGUGUAAAGGUUACAAUGAGGCUAACGACUAA